UGUAAAAAAUGUAUAUUUCAGAAAAGAAUAAAACGCAGGCAGAAAAUAGGAAAUAAAUAACAAUAUGAAAACUUGGCUCGUUAUUUCAGCUUUUGUUGUUAUUAUAACAGUGUCUGCAUGCGAUGCGGGGCCCAUGCGAGUGAAAAAUCCGCAGCAACUAGCUGAAGAGGUUCGGGUGAAAUAUAGAUGCAGUAGAGCAAACGAACCGACUACAAAUGCUUACAUGAGGACCAUGUACGCUUGUGAUGGCGUCAUUACUGCUGCAGCGAACAUAGCUCCGUUGCUCGACAGAUCAUACGCCUUUGUUGACGUUAAUGGAGACAACCUGGUCACCCAACGAGAGAUUACCAAACGGUUCAAUCAGAUUGGGAUAAAAGAGAGUGAUGAAGAUCGAGAUCGGUUUGGAGUUUGUGAUGUAAACAACAACGGCGAGCUUGACAGGAUGGAGUACAACAAAUGUUCAGUGAUAAGUUACAACAUAAUGAUUGGUAAAGUGGAUUUUGAUAACGAUCACCAGUUAUCUCGAGCAGAGAUCAUUAUGUUAGUGAAAAUACUUUCACAACAUGUCUACAUCAACAUGACGCCUGCUGUGCAGCUUCAAGUGAUUGACAGUAUUGGUAAAAGACCAGGAGAGUCUUUUAGCUUGCACGACCUUGUAGCAGUCGAUACCACCCUCUUUGAACGAUUCCUUGAUGGACGAAAUUUGUAAAGCAUUCUAUAAAGUACAACUUUAACUGACUAAUUAACUUUAAAUCACAACUGACUAAUUAACUUUAAACCGUACACGUUUAUUAAUACAAUCGCAACUUAAACAUA